AUGGAGCUCGACACGGGAGCUGCCGUCUCCGUCUGCUCGGAGCGCGCGUUCAAGAGGCUCUGGCCGACCGGCGGUCCGCCCAUGGAGCGCUGUGAGCAGACUCUGAAAACAUAUAGCGGUGGAACGAUCGGUGUGUGCGGUCAGGUGAUGGUCGAUGUGCAGUAUGGUGACACAUCGGUCCGUGUGCCGCUCGUGAUCGUUCGCGGUGGCGGUCCGUGCCUGUUCGGGCGUGAUUGGCUCGCUCGCAUUCGGCUGGACUGGUCGUCAGUGUGCGUCAUGACGGCCAGCUCGCGGGUGGACGCGGUGCUGGCUGAGUUCCCAGACGUGUUCGACGGGGAGCUGGGAUGCUUCAGAGGUGAGCCGGUCACGGUGGAUGUCGAUCCAGACGUCCAACCCCGGUUUUUCAAACCGCGCGUCGUCCCGUUGGCGUAUCGGGAUCAAGUGGAGCAGGAGCUGGAUCGGCAAGUGAAACAAGGACUCUGGGAACCCGUCGCACAUAUUCCGGACGCAUCUGGAUAG